UUGGAGCACUGCACGUUUGUCUUCUCGCCUCUCAAGACUGGUACUACACACGCAAAAUGAGACGGGUGUUUGUUGUCGGUGUUGGUAUGACUAAGUUUGAGAAACCUGGCCGUAGAGAUGAUUUUGAUUACCCUGAGAUGGCCAAAGAAGCAGGAGAGAAGGCUUUACAAGAUGCUGGUAUUCCAUACAGUGAAGUUGAACAAGCCUGUGUGGGUUAUGUGUAUGGGGACACUACUUGUGGACAAAGAGCGAUUUAUCAGCUAGGACUGACUGGGAUCCCUGUCUACAAUGUGAACAACGCCUGCUCUACAGGAUCCACCGCCCUCUACAUGGCUAAGCAGUUUAUACAAGGAGGUAUAUCUGACUGUGUACUGGCAUUGGGCUUUGAGAAGAUGGAAAGAGGCUCUCUAAAAAUGAAGUACUCUGACCGUACCAGUCCCAUGGACAAACAUGUGGAGGUCAUGUGCAACUGCUGUGGAAUGGACGCAUCGCCAAUCACUGCACAGUUGUUUGGGAAUGCUGGCAAGGAGUACAUGGAGAAGUAUGGUGUCAGUCCUGAUGUUCUUGCCAAAAUUGCUUGGAAAAAUCACAAACACUCUGUGAACAACCCCUACUCUCAGUUCCGUGAUGAGUACACAUUGGAACAAAUCAAAAGUUCCCCUGUAAUCUUUGACCCCCUGACCAAACUUCAGUGCUGCCCGACAUCGGAUGGCGCAGGGGCGGCUGUGUUAGUGAGCGAGGAGUUUGUAAAGAAGCACAACCUGGAGGAUCAAGCUGUGGAGAUACUGGCCAUGGAGAUGGCAACUGACCUGCCAACCACAUUCCAAAAUAGUCCGCUCAAACUGGUUGGCUUUGACAUGACAAAGAGAGCAGCCGAGAAGGCCUUCCAUAGUGCGGGUGUGAAUCCAGACAGCGUGGAUGUGGUAGAGCUUCAUGACUGUUUCUCAGCCAAUGAACUGUUGACCUAUGAUGCCCUGGGGUUGUGUUCACCCGGUGGAGCAGGUGACCUGGUGGAGACUGGGAACAACACGUAUGGAGGGAAAUAUGUGAUCAAUCCAAGUGGGGGCCUCAUAUCUAAAGGACAUCCUCUCGGAGCCACAGGUUUGGCUCAGUGUGCUGAGUUGUGCUGGCAGCUGAGAGGGCAGGCAAGCAAAAGACAGGUGAGGGGCGCUAAGCUAGCCCUGCAGCACAACAUCGGUCUUGGUGGUGCUGCUGUGGUAGCUAUCUACAGACACGGUUUCCCACAGAAACAAGGGACAUUACAGGCUGUGGCCACCAGCAAUGAGGAUGACUUCCAGGCGGCGGCUGUCUUCAGGGAGAUUAAGCAGGCCCUGGCCCAGGAUGGUCCCGCUCUGGUGAAAACGGUUAAGGGAACAUUCGCAUUCAAGUGUAAAAAGGGCAAUCAGGAAGCUGUGUGGUUCGUCGAUGUCAAGAAUGGAAGUGGAGCUGUCAAGUUCGGAGCUACAGACAAAGCCGAUUGCACGAUAACAAUGGCUGAUGAAGAUUUGGUGAAGCUGAUGACAGGCAAGAUGAACCCACAGCAGGCAUUUUUCCAGGGGAAACUGAAGAUAGCUGGCAAUAUGGGACUUGCCAUGAAACUCCGAGAGUUACAGUCAAAGACAAAAUCUGUGAAGUCCAAGCUCUGAUGCCUGUUCCAAUGUAUGCUGACAGCAUAAUCGUCCAGAGUGCUGUGUGAUUUUUUUGUAUGAUAUAAACAAAUUCAUAAGAGCAAAUGAGCAAAUGAAGAUAUGGGUGAUUAGUGGCUGUUGAAAUCUCAGGUGUCAAAUGAGUGUGAUUCUAUGAAAAAUCUUGUAUUUAGUCAAUUGCUACAAGAGGUAUUGUAAAUUUUUACCACUGUUUAAUAAAGUAUCGUGUCGUUUACAUUGACAUCACAGCAUUUUGGGGAUGAAUGAAGUACAUAUUACGAUCGUAGUGUUUACAGAAUAUUUUUAUGACAUUCUGUACAUUUAUAUCAUUAUUUUAUGUAUGUGGAUUGCUGAAAUGAGGAAUAUAUAACAAUUUAUUUAGUGCACCAGUUUUUCUAAAGUUAAAGUUAUGUCAGCCUUUUACAUAAAUGCAGUUCAAACCUUAAUACAGAGUUUUCCGAAGACUUCUUUCCAGGGUAGUCAAUGCUGAGUGUCUAAUAGAACAACCACGUGUAGGACUAUAAUGUGUACAUGCCUACACUUGUAGAUUUAAGGCUGCACAGCAACAGCUGAUUGGAUCAAUAAAUGGUAAAGUGCUAUCAUUGUACUGCAGGAUGUUAUAAUGUGUACAUGCCUACACUUGUAGAUUUAAGGCUGCUCAGCAACAGCUAAUUGGAUCAAUAAAUGGUAAAGUGCUAUCAUUGUACUGCAGGAUGUUAUAAUGUGUACAUGCCUACACUUGUAGAUUUGAGGCUGCACAGCAACAGCUGAUUGGAUCAAUAAAUGGUAAAGUGCUAUCAUUGUACUGCAGGAUGUUAUAAUGUGUACAUGCCUACACUUGUAGAUUUAAGGCUGCACAGCAAUAGCUAAUUGGAUCAAUAAAUCGUGUUGAAUCGUAUUAAAGUGCUAUCAUUGUACUGCAGAAUGUUAUUAGGAGGUAAUUUGUGAAGAGAAAGUUACAGGUAUUUGCUCACCCGUGACCUGAAUGGUCUUUAAUACUGUGUACAGAUUACAUGUAAGUCACGAAGUGUAAGCGAUGUUUUGCGAAAAGCUUUCUUUAAACAUCUGUUAUGGGACUAAGCUUCAGGAAUCGUUUUGACAAACGUGCCAUUUCAUUUGGGUAAUAGGAAGUAUGAUUUCUAAGUGAAACCUGCGUUGCUUGGCUUUGUUUUUAUAUCAUUUUGAUAUUAAAGAGAUUGUUUUUAGAAAAUGACAUAAAAUGAUGUUAUCGACUGGAGUAUGAUUGAAGGCAGACAAUUAUAACAUAAGGGCAUGUUUAAUUCAAGGGUGACAAACCGGGACUUUAAACUGGCGAUAAACUUUUACAUAUCUUCUACUCAUUUCAUAUAGUUAUAGUAAUCAGUAAUCAUAUAUCCAAACAUAAAGAAUUAAAUCUUUGUUUUGGUAAAUUUUAGUAAGAUGUUGAAUCAUCUAGCACUGUAAAGAUGUGAAAAAAGGUAGAAAUCUGUUUAAAUGAUGGAAGAGAACAUUUGAGAGCAAUACUAGCUGAAUAAAGCAAACAUAUUCU